AUGUCGUCUGCCACGUCGGCAUCCGUCCAGAAAUCCUCGACCAACAUGGUGGGCACCAACAUGGCCGCGAGCGCGAAGCAGUCUUCGACAAAGAUGCACAGGAGAUCUCGCACCGGCUGUUUCACAUGCCGGCUGCGGAGGAAGAAGUGCGAUGAGGGCAAGCCGAGCUGCAAGGCCUGCAGGCACCUCGGCCUCCAGUGCGAGUACAAAAGGCCCAUGUGGUGGAGCAACAACGAGCACCGUCGCGCCCACAAGGAGAAGAUCAAGAAUAUCAUCAAGCGCACCAAGCUCAACGAGAAGUCGUCGCAGGCCAUCUCGCUGAACCCCAACACCCCGCCGAGCCUCUGCCACUCCCUGCCAACCUCUGAUGCCUAUUCCGACGGCCACUCCAAGACCCGCGCAGCCUCCAUCGACUCGCAAUUUUCCGGUGACUUCAAUCAUGUCUCGCCGCCCCACAUUUACUCUGUCGGGAUGCCGCAGCCCAUGUACGACUCGUACGCUCAAUUUCAGCCCUUCCCCCCGUACGAGGUGGACAUCAAGACCGAGCGCCAGAUGUUCGUCAAUGACAUUCCGACGCGGAGAGACUCCACCAUCUCCACCUUCAGCACCUUCCAGCCGCCCGCACUCAAUGGCCUGCCGGCCUGCCCGGAAAACUGGAUCCAGCAGGAUUUCUUCGAGCACAAGGAGGAAUUCACCGAGGAGCCUCUCGACUUCAAUUUUUUCGAUUUCCCGCACGGACCGUUCACUCCCUCGCACCAGGCUACCAUCCAGGUCGAGGAGGGCGACCAGCACCUGCUCAACCAUUUUAUUGACAACGUGCUUCGCCUGAUCUUCCCGAUCCUGGAGGUCAACCAGCACGGUUCUGCGCGGUCGGAUGUGGUUCUUCCUGCACUCGAGUCCAACAAGUGCUACCUGCACUGCUGCCUCAGCAUUGCGGCCCAGCAUUUGAAGAACUCGGAGCACCUCGAGGGCGAGCAGAUUGACAACGACAUUGUGCGCCACCGCUACCAGACCAUUUCGGAGUUGUGCGAGGCUCUGGGCAGGGACACCGACCACAUGCAAAUCCUUGAGGCGGCACUCGCCAUGAUUUUCUUCCAGUGCGCUGUGGGCCGUCCCGACGACACGCUUCCCGACAUUCCGUGGCACUCGCACUUCCAGGCCGCCCAGAGCCUGAUCGAGAAGCUCGAGCUUCCUCAGCACCUGCUCGCUCUCAACGGCAACCCCCACGCGCAGCCGCCCUUCAACAUGACUCUUGCCUCCUGGAUUGACAUCCUGGGCGCGACCAUGCUUGGCAGGUCCCCGCUCUUCGCGCACUGCUACCGCGAAAAGAUGUUGGCUAGCUCACCGACCGGACUCGCCGAGCUCAUGGGCUGCGACGAUCGGAUCAUGUAUUUGAUUUCCGAGAUUGCAUGCCUCGAAGCGGUGAAGAUGGAGAACAUGGAUGAUGUCACGCUGUGCGCACACAUCAAGCUGCUCGGCGACCAGAUCAACCUGACCGAGCAGUCGUCGGGUCCUCUCGACAACUGCUACUCGUCGACGGGGGCCAUCCGUCCGAAGCAGCUGAAGUCGAACAUGACGACGGUCUUCCGCAUCGCGGCCCGCAUUUACCUGUGCAGCCUAGUGCCCGACUUUGAUCGGCAGUCCCCUACGAGCGUUAGCCUGGUGGACCAGCUGACCGAGGCGAUGAGCUUCAUUCCCGCGGGACCCGAGGGCUUCGACCGCUCGCUGGUCUGGCCGCUCCUCGUUGCGGGGUCUUACUCGCUCGAGGGAUCGGCAUUCCGGUCCAUGUUCGCAGAGCGCGCAGCUGUUAUGGGAGAAACGGCCGAGGUCGGCUCUUUUGGCCGCAUUAGGGAGCUCCUGAAGGACGUCUGGGCCGUCAAUGACGACAACCUGUCGAGGGGGGACAAGCGGAGCGUCCACUGGCGGGACGUGAUGCACCAGAAGGGCUGGGACUUCUUGUUGAUCUAG